UAUUUCACUAAUUUGGCAACGGUCAAACAUCAUCAGGGAAUAGAAAUAGAUGAUGACAGUUUUCUACGAGGGUAUCAUUCCAGUUGAAACUGAAACCAAUACAAUGUCCUAGACCUGGUCCUGGAUUUUUUUUUAUGAUCAUUGCACAGUGUCUAAAUAAGCUAAACACUGUUUUUCUCCUAACAAACCCUAAGGUAAGAGAGAAGGAACAGGAUAACCUCUUCACUCAAGUGGCGUGGUGCAUUCUGGGACCACGAAGCAUUUGGCAAAAGGUCCCAAAAAAGGCAAAUCAUCAACUUGAGAGAGCCGAUGUAAAUGAUGGAAUUGUGGAUGCGCAGGGUGUGAAAUGGACUGUGGAUUUGAGAAAACUGGAGGCCACAGAAUGUGAUUCAGGACAGGUGACGGCUCUCAAACGCCUGGAGAACCUUUCAGAUUUCUCUUUUCCCAUCCACUGGGACAGCAUGAAUCAAAAAGGUUUAAAGGUGGUUGCUUUAGAUCCACAAUCAGCAGAGUACAAGACUGUAAAAGCAGAUUUCCAGAGGACCGUCUUAAAGACUGUGCUCAAGAUCGAGCGCAUCCAGAACAUCAAUCUUCGGCGGUUAUAUGAGGCACGUAAAUCUGAGCUGGAGAUCAAGAAUGAUCCAGCUGUCGGAGCAGGAGAGAAAAUCCUUUAUCACGGCUCUGCACAGGCGUCCUGCUCGUCUAUCAUGAGCACAAACUUCAACCGCAAUUUUGCUGGGCAGAAUGGCACUGUCUACGGUCAAGGGACCUACUUUGCAGUGAACGCCAGCUACUCUGCUAAUGUGAACUAUGCGGUUCCUGCAGCAGACGGGACUCAGCAGAUGUUUGUGGCUCGUGUGCUUACGGGUCAUUAUACAAUGGGUUUUGGGGAUAUGAGGACGGCCCCUGUCCGUGUUGUUCCAGACCAGUUCUAUGACAGUGUGGUAGAUUACACUCAGAAUCCCACAAUGUUUGUGGUUUUCCAUGACUGUCAGGCUUAUCCAGACUACCUCAUUACAUUUAAAUGAACUUCUAAAACAGUCUGCCUUAGCUUACAGUUUUUCUCAAU